AUGCCUCCCAAGCAGAAGGAUACACUCCCUCCUCCACCCCCCUCACCCUCGACGAAACGGCCCCUGUCGGAUGUAGCGCAGACGUCACCGGCCAAAAAACAGAGCAAAUGGAGCGCAGAUGAGGAUGCCAAAAUCAUUGACCUGAGGGGCAGAGGCCACAAAUGGGAGGAUAUUAGCCGGGAGCUUCCAGGACGCUCGGCAAUUUCCUGUCGUUUGCAUUACCAGAACUACCUCGAGAGGAGACCGGAAUGGGACGAGGAGCGCAAGGACAGGCUUGCCCGCUUGUAUGAGAGGUUCAAGGCAGAUAUGUGGGCCCUGGUAGCCAGAGAGAUGGAGAUCCCCUGGAGAGCUGCUGAGGCCAUGCAUUGGCAACUUGGAGAACGGGAAAUGGCUCGUCGGGCUGGCGUCGUUCCCUUCUCCCUCAGCAACAUCGCCCUCGACGCUCAGCCAAAGAGAACUGGUAACGUGGGAACGACCGGACGUAAGGGCCAGAAUUCCGGGAGCACGAAUAACUCCGCUACCGGGCCGUCGGCACCCCCAACGGAGGCGGGCUCCGCACCAGAGAGCCAGGGUGCUGCGUGAUAAUAAUAAUAAUAAUUUCCGGAUGACGCUGGCCGCACGGUAACGGCAAUGCGUGGGGAUAAUGGUGAGUUCAUUCGGGAGUCUCCGGUGGGUGUUUUUCUUCUUUCUUUUGGAAAUAUUCUGUUGCACUAGAUUGUUCUCAUUUUCGGUUCUCCCGGUUUCUUGCGUUCCCUUAUUUUGAUUCUCUUUUCCAUCCCUGCUAGAUUGUUUCUUGAAAUAGGGUCAUAAUGGUCUGACUUGGUUCUUUCUUUCUUCAUUGGUUCUCUUUC